GAUAAUUAGUUACCCAAGAAAUUUGAGACGGGUCUGCCUGUAAGAAUUCGAUCCACAUACAGGUAACUCAAGAGUGGCCCAUUGUCCCUCUACUCUGUCCUAUAUAAAUCCCUCCUGCACACAGGGUGCUCACCACACAGCCUUACCUCCACCUACAGCAUCCAACACACUUCAACUUAACAGGGACCAUGUCUCUCACGUCCAUCCUUUCCGCUGAUGCCAUCGACAAGGCUAUCAAGGACUGCCAAGCACCAGAGUCCUUCAAUCACAAGAAGUUCUUCCAGCUGUGUGGCCUCUCCAAAAAAAGUCCCCAAGAAAUAAGGAAUGUCUUUGGCAUUUUUGACAGCGAUGGGAAUGGUUUCAUUGAGGAGGAUGAGCUGAAAUUCUUCCUGCAGAUGUUUUCAUCUGGAGCCCGUGUGCUAACCGGUAACGAGAUUAAGAGCUUACUAUCGGCAGCUGAUGAUGAUGGUGAUGGCAAGAUUGGAAUUGAUGAAUUCCAGACCAUGGUGCUCUCUUGAAUGGUCAAACCUCCAAUUGUGUCAUGGUUCAGUUCAACAAAGUUCUUCCUUGUUAUUUUGCUUUCUUUACAUUUCUGAAAGCCCCAGACACAAAAAUAAAAAACAACCACAGUUUAUACUAGAAUUGUAAAUAUAAUACCUAAAGAGAUGUAAAAAGAUAUAACCAUCUCCCCAGUGUACAACUAACACACCUUAAAUCAUUUUGAGUAAAUAAAUAAACAACUAAACUUUAUGAA